CCGGGCUUAUUAAGCUCAGGGCGGCUCCUGGGAUGCAGCUUCCUGCUCCGUUCCUUCCUGUGUGCCGCUAUCGCUAGAAAUGCCUCCUUACACCAUCACCUACUUCCCUGUCAGAGGGCGAUGCGAGGCCAUGCGGAUGCUCCUGGCUGACCAGGGCCAGGAUUGGAAGGAGGAUAUAGUGACCAUGGACAUGUGGAUGAAGGGGGACCUCAAGGCCAGCUGUCUCUACGGCCAGCUCCCCAAAUUCACAGACGGAGACUUGACCCUGUACCAGAGCAAUGCCAUCCUGAGAUACCUGGGGCGCAAAUAUGGGCUCUAUGGGAAGGAUGAUCGAGAACAGGCUCUCUUGGAUGUGGCCAAUGACGGGGUGGAGGACCUCAGGCGCAAGUACCUUGGCCUCAUCUACCAGAAUUAUGAGGAGGGCAAGGCCAAGUAUGUGAAGGACCUGCCCACCCAGCUGAAGCCUUUUGAGACCCUGCUGAAGCAGAACCAGGGAGGCAAGGCCUUUAUCGUGGGGGACAAGAUCUCUUUCGCGGAUUACAAUCUGCUGGACCUGCUGUUGGUUCACCAGACAUUGGCUCCCCAGUGCCUGGAUGACUUCCCCUUACUGUCUGCCUAUGUUGCUCGUCUCUCCUCCCGGCCCAAGCUCAAAGCCUUCCUGGCCUCACCCCAGCACACUGGUCUCCCCAUCAAUGCCAAUGGUAAACAGUGAGGGCUCAGGCCUGACCCUUGUCUGGCAAUAAAAGCUUUCAAACAAACA